CCACUACACAAUACGGCCCAUGGGCCCAGUCAAAAUAUUCAAAGCCCAUUUGAUAAAUUCGAAAUCAUCCUCGAGCUCCUGCUCCUAGAAUUAAAGUUAUCUUCCAGCUCCGGCACCGCCCCAUCUUUGAGAGGAAACGGUGAAGGAGGAGGUCCGUGAUGAAGGCAAAGAAUUUUCGUAAAAGAAAUAUAUUGGUCGAAGACGAGGAUCAGGACCAAGACCAUGAAAAGAGAUUGGCUUUGUCGUUAGAGGAGGUUAAAUUCCUUCAGAGACAGCGGGAGAAGAAGUCGGGGAUACCCGCCCUACCGACUCUGCCGUCUGUGGCUGCCUCAACUAACAGUAACACGGCUUCUUUGGCUCGCACUGUUAGUGAUAAAAAUGAAGGUGAGAUUGAGAAGGACGACUUAGUUUUGCAAGACACCUUUGCCCAAGAAACUGCCGUCAUGGUGGAGGACCCUAAUAUGUUGAGAUAUGUAGAACAAGAACUGGCAAAGAAAAGAGGCAAGAAUAUUGAUGAAGAAAACCAAGUUGAGAAUGAUGUUAAGCGUGCAGAGGAUGAGCUGUAUAAAAUUCCUGAGCAUCUGAAAGUGAAGAAGCGAAGCUCAGAAGAGCAGUCUACUCAGUGGACAACAGGGAUUGCCGAAGUUCAGCUUCCCAUAGAAUACAAACUAAGAAAUAUUGAGGAAACAGAGGCUGCAAAAAAGCUUUUACAGGAGAGGAGGCUUGUGGGUCGUACAAAAGCAGACUCCAGCAUUCCUUCAAGUUUCAGUGCCGACUUUUUCCAGCGUGGCAAGGACUAUGCAGAGAAACUUAGGAAAGAACAUCCAGAGCUUUACAAGGAUAAGGGAGCGCAGGAAACUGGUCCGGAGGCUAGAAAUCCUGAUUCAGUUGCAGAUGUUGCUGGUCGAAGACAAGCUGCCACAGAUGAGUUCAUGCUGGACCGCUUCCGCAAACGAGAAAGACAACGUAUGACACGAAGAUAGCCUGAAUAGUUGAUGGUCUUAUGAUAUAUGGAAAGCAUUGUUCACUUCAUGAUAUUCUUCUUAUAUAUACUUCCAUCGGUUUAAAGUAUGAAUGCAAAAUGCAGCAAUAUUAUUUAUCUAGUACGAACAGUUCAUGGGAAUGCAGAACAUGUAAUAACAAUGAAAUGGCAUGAACUUAGGAAAGGAAUGGGAUGAUGUUUCCAUGAAAGCAUUUGCACAAAUCAGUGUCUCCUUGUGUGUGUUUUCUACCACACACAUGUAAUGUUUUCUAUACGCGUUGAGACAAUUUGUAGUGUGAAUUUGAUGGAUUCUUUAGCUGAUAA